CCCAGAAGAGGGGGACAGGGAGGCCCAGAGGAGCGGCGGCGCCGGCACCCUCCCCCUAUGAAGAAGAGUCCUCCCCCUCACAGAGAGGUCCUGCCAGGGGGACCCCGGCCGGCCCGCAGCAGCACCGCCGCCGCCAGCAGGCGCCGGGAAAAUUCCGUUUCUUCAGCAACUUGUUAUUCCGGAGCCGGGCCUGCCCCCCUCGCCCUGGGGCUGCCCUUCCCGCACAGAUUAGUGACUACCAUCAGUACUCCCACACUGAGUGUGACUACUCCAGCUACAAAUACCAUUCUCCAGAUGCUACAGUUCCCAUUUGUGUACUUUUGAGGAGCAGACAGAAGAAGAAAGGGGGACCAGUGUUAAAGAGGAAACCAGAAACUAAAGGCACUGGAAUCAGCAAAGACACUUCUAGAGAAAGUGGAGAAGGUAGAGAAUGGAGCUGCAGACUCUACAGGAGGCUCUGAAAGUGGAAAUUCAGGUUCACCAGAAAUUGGUUGCCCAAAUGAAGCAAGAUCCACAGAUAUUUUUUCUUUCUAAUCAGAACGCUGAUUUGAAGAAACAACUUCAUGAACUUCAAGCCAAAAUCACAGCUCUGAGUGAGAAACAGAAAAGAGUGGUGGAACAGCUUCGAAAGAAUUUGAUAGUGAAGCAGGAACAGCCAGACAGUAAAUUUCAAAUACAGCCAUUGGCACAGUCAGAAAACAAACUACAGACACCACAGCCACAACCACUACAGCAGCUACAGCAACAUCACCAUCAACAGCAGCAACAGUCCACGGCACCCUCUCCAAACGUGAUAGGAUCACAGAAAACUGUAACUACAGCUUCUAUGAUCACCACUAAGACACUACCUCUCGUCUUGAAAGCAGCAACUGCGACCAUGCCUGCCUCUGUUGUGGGUCAGAGACCUACCAUUGCCAUGGUUACUGCUAUCAACAACAAUCAGAAAGCAGUCCUCAGCACUGAUGCGCAGAAUGCACCAGUCAACCUCCAGACAACAAAUAAGGUCACUGGGCCAGGAGCUGAGGCAGUCCAAAUAGUGACAAAAAACACAGUAACUUUGCAGGUUCAGGCUACGCCUCAGCCCAUAAAAGUGCCGCAGUUCAUCCCUCCUCCCAGACUGACUCCUCGUCCAAAUUUUCUUCCACAGGUUCGACCUAAACCAGUUGCCCAAAAUAACAUUCCUAUUGCCCCUGCACCUCCUCCAAUGCUUGCAGCUCCUCAGCUUAUUCAGAGGCCUGUGAUGUUGACAACAAAGUUCACACCCACCUCUUUACCCAACUCUCAGAACUCCAUACAUCCAGUUCGUGUAGUUAACGGGCAGACAGCAACCAUAGCCAAAACCUUCCCUAUGGCACAACUCACCAGCAUCGUGAUAGCAGCACCGGGUACCAGGCUUGCUGGACCUCAGACUGUACAGAUCAGCAAACCAAACAUUGAAAAACAGACUAUUAAACCACAUGUGGAAACAGAAGAGAAGCAAACAGAAAAUCGUACAGUUACUCCACCUGCUGCACCGAAGCCAAAACGAGAAGAAAAUCCACAGAAACUUGCCUUCAUGGUGUCUCUGGGACUAGUUACUCAUGACCACCUGGAAGAAAUCCAAAGUAAGCGACAAGAGAGGAAAAGAAGAACAACAGCAAACCCAGUGUACAGUGGAGCCGUUUUUGAGCCUGAGCGCAAGAAGAGUACAGUGACGUACCUGAACAGCACAAUGCAUCCCGGGACACGUAAAAGAGGUCGUCCACCUAAAUACAACACGGUGCUGGGGUUCGGGGCCUUGGCCCCCACGUCCCCUCUGUCCAGUUAUCCUGACUCCCCUGAAAAUGAAAAGACAGAGACCACAUUUACUUUUCCCGCAGCUGUUCAGCCCGUAUCCCUGCCUAGCCCCAGCUCCACAGACGGUGAUAUCCAUGAGGAUUUUUGCAGUGUUUGCAGAAAAAGCGGGCAGUUGCUGAUGUGUGACACAUGUUCACGUGUUUAUCACCUGGAUUGUCUGGACCCACCUCUGAAAACCAUUCCCAAGGGCAUGUGGAUCUGUCCCAAGUGUCAAGACCAGAUGCUAAAGAAGGAAGAAGCAAUCCCAUGGCCAGGAACUUUAGCAAUUGUUCAUUCAUAUAUUGCAUAUAAAGCAGCAAAAGAAGAGGAAAAACAGAAACUACUUAAAUGGAGUUCAGAUUUAAAACAGGAAAGAGAGCAACUAGAGCAGAAGGUCAAACAGCUCAGCAAUUCUAUAACAAAAUGCAUGGAAAUGAAGAAUACCAUCCUUGCAAAACAGAAGGAGAUGCACAGCUCCUUGGAGAAGGUAAAACAGCUGAUCCGCCUCAUCCAAGGCAUCGACCUUUCAAAACCCAUAAACUCUGAGGUCAAUUCAGUAGCCAUCUCCAACGGCAUGGACUCCACUAACAAUACUAAUGCUGCCACCUCCACCUUAGCCCCCUCCCCUUCCCAGAGCUGCAUGGUGAACUGUAACAAGGGCGAUGAGACUAAAUAACACAGUGAAGUUAAGAAGGAGCCAAGGGAGGUGGCGGCGAGGAGAAAGAGCAAAAUAAAGAAACUCUAGAAAAGCAAAACUGGAUUUCUUCUGGAAAGUGCAGAAUUCUUUAGUUCUUUGGUUCCAGAGAGAGCGUGAAGAUGCUUGUGCCAGGCGGCACCGGAGUUUGCCAAUUGAUCCUUCUUAUUCUGUGUGUACAUGCGAAGUUUGGAUCAUGUUACAUGAAUAGUGCCAGCUGGGGGUUCUUUGCCAGCACCAUGCCAAGUGAAAUAAUAUAUUUACUCUCUCUAUAUUUUACACCAGUGUGUGCCUGCAGCAGCCUCCACAGCCACUAUAGGUUUGUUUUAUUUUUGUUUGGGGUGAGGAGCAGGGAUAAGGGAGGAGAGCAGGUUUCAAGUUCCUAUUUGCAGAACAGUUUGUUUAGCUAGGGGAAAACAAAAACAAGUCCAAAGAGCCUAUGGGCUUUUCCUGUUUCUAAACUCUCAGUACUAUUAAACCAAAAAACCAGAAAUAUAAAUUAUCAAAUCCCAGUGCCCAGAAGGGACAAGUCUAUCAAAUAAGCAGUAUUUACUAUUGUUUAGACAGGAGAUGUACAAAAGGAAAGGAGAUGGACUUUUCACUGAGUAACCAGCACACAGAAUCAUAGAAUAUGCUGAGUUUGAAGGGACCCGUCAGGAUCACUGAGUCCAACUCCUGGCCCUACGCAGGACACCCCAAGAAUCACACCAUGUGCCUGAGAGCCUGUGGGUCCUCACACUCAUCCAGAAAGUCUGUUUUGGGAAGGGGAAAAUAGAGGGCCAGAAUCCAGAGUCAGCUUGGAGCACUGGAUGGAGGUGUCCCAAGAGAAAAUGUGCAUCAAUUACUUGAAAAUGAGAUUCCAUCCCUUUUCUGUAUUUAUAAACAACAAAGGUAUCCUGAACAAAGUAGCACAUAACCCAGAUGUGUGAACUCAACAGAGAAAUGUCCUUUUCUUUCACUUCCUUUCUCUUCUUUUGGUAACAAGAACUAAAUAAGGAAUAGAAAAGCUGUUUUUCAGGCUGACAGUCUAAUUAAAGAGGUAGAUGGGACCUUGCAUGGUAUAGAUUAGAAGUAAUAGUGUCAGUGAGAUACAGUGAGUCUUUGUGAGUCCUUGUGUCAUCGUUUUGGGCACUGUUUUUUUAUGCAAGGGCAAAAUCUUUGUAUCUGGGGGAAAAAACCCAACUUUUUUAAAUUAAAAAGGAAAAUAAAAGAUA